AUGUACCAACUUUCAACUCAUUUUCCCCUCCAAGUGCACCGUUUCUUUUUGUUAUUUAGCACUACUAUUUUCCACCUAGUAACUCAGGCACACAAAGAAAUGAACCAUCUAUUAGAGCUAUCUCUCCUUUACCAUAAACAUUCAAUUGAGACCCCUUGGACUGUAGCCUACCAGGCUCCUCCUUCCAUGGGGUUCUCCAGGCAAGACUGGUGUGCGUUACCAUUUCCUUCUCCAGGAGACCUUCCCGACCCAGGGAUCAAACCCUGGUCUCCCUCAUUGGAGGCAGACGCUUUAACCUCUGAGCCACCAGGAUGUUUACAGACUUACUAUUUCCACUAG